AGCCGAAAUUCCAGGCCCUCAAAGCAGUUUUAUAACAAAAAAGCUCUUUUUUUUUUUUUUUCUUGUUUUUUUGCAAGUCAAAAAGCUCUUCCUUUGUUUCUUUAGCUUCUGUUUGAAACCCUUUUACCAUCUGUCUUAGCUUCAGAGUAGGGAAAUUUCAACAUGGGAAAUGCCUUGAGGUUACUAUGCGGGCAAUGUUGCAAGCCCACCGCAGCUGGGGACUCCGAAUCACUCGGACAUCAUGGUGUAUCGGCGACCAACGUCGGCGUAUCGGCUCUCGCCCAGCAUCUCCUCCACUUUGAGAUUACCUCCCAGGUCCCGGAAGGACUCAGCAAGCAUGUCGUCUCGUCCAGGAAGGCUCAAGCUAAUUGGUACAGAAAACUAGUAGAGGCAUGGAGGGAAACAAAACCCCCUCCAAGAACACCUGAAGAAGCUGCUAGACUUAUCAUUGGGACUCUGAACAGACACCAAAAAGAAGAUGUUGAGGGUUUAUUGACUUUCUAUGGUCUCCCUCUUCCUCAUACCCUUGUCGAACUUACUUCUGGGGUCCCAACAUCAUUGCCUGCAGGCGUAAAGUAUGAAUUUGAGACGUUGCCAGUUGAUGCAAGAGCUGUAGCAGAUGGAGAUGGUAUGACGGUGUAUAUUAGUACAACAGACCCCCGGGAAUCAUCGUGCAUUCCUAGUGAUGUACAAAUGGCAGCUGUCCAAAGAUCAGAAGCACGUGCUGAGAAGAAUUAUGCAGAGGUUAAAGCACUUCAUAAAAGAAUUAUUGAUUCUGGAUAUAGGGUACUGAAUUUUCAAAAUAAUGAGGAGAUCCUUGCUCGUAAGUGUAGAAUUCGACUAAGGGGAAUAGAUGCACCAGAGAAUUCAAUGCCAUAUGGGGAGGAAGCAAAGGAAGAGCUGACUAAUAUUGUUCAGGGAAAGUGUUUGAGAGUGCUUGUUUACGGUGAAGAUCGAUAUGGCCGCUGCGUAGGUGAUGUAUAUUGCAAUGGCAAAUUCGUGCAGGAAUUAAUGCUCAAGAAAGGGCUUGCAUGGCACUACACAGACUACGACCAACGCCCAGAAUUUGCAAAAUGGGAAAAAGAUGCCCGAGCUAAGCGAGUUGGGCUGUGGGCUUUAUCGAAUCCUGAGAAGCCAUGGCAAUGGAGAAAAGACAAACGCGAAGGGAGAUAGUGUUGUCCUUUCUCUUUGUCUCUCUUUCUCUCUCUCUCUCUCUCUGUUUAACCACUUGAGCUAAGCAAGUGAAAACCAUAGUGAAAAAUAUGGACUUGCAUCCAAGAGCAGGGAUGGCUUGAAAAAUGGAGAAAGAACUUGUAAAUACGCUUCUUCUUUUCUUUUCUUUUUUUUUUUGUAAGUUUAUAAAUACGCUUUGUUUGUUUGUUUGUUCUUGUUGUAACCCAUCGCGUUUAGCACCAUGCGUUGGAUGUGGUAACUUAAAAUUUGAAGUCAUAACUGAAGUGAGAAUUGACUCUGUUUCUUAAUGCUGAAGACCAGCAUUCUUAUUGGUAUGACCAAAGGUUAUUUUGGCUAA